CUCUCGUUAGCUAUUGAAUUGAAAUGAGAGAACUUUCAUCUCGACUUUUCAUUCCUUCUUCAUCUUCUACGUACGCCCUAAUCACACUAUACCUUAGUAAGCAUCACUGCUUGAUUCCUCCUCGUCUUUCUCUGUUUCUGGGUUUCGAAUUUGCACACUAAAGUCUGCGUUUUUACUCUGUUUCGCUUUGUAAAAGUUGCAUGCUUUCUACUUCCCUUUCGACUUUCACUUUGUCUCUCGACGACGCGCUUCAUCUCCUCCAACGUUUCCUUACCUCCUCAAACCAGAUCAAGCAGAUCCACUCUGUUCUGCUUACCACCAACGCACUGCUCGCUUCGAGCCGUAAGACCAAGUUCGUCUACAACACACUCAUUCGAUCCUACCUCACCACAGGACACCACAAGACUUCUCUACAUCUCUUCAACCACAUGCUCGCAAACCAAGUCAAACCAAUCAACCUCACUUUCCCUUCUCUCAUCAAAGCAUCUUCCUCUUCCUUCUCUCUUCCCUACGGCCUUUCCCUUCACUCCCAAGCUCUUAAACGUGGCGUUCUAACGGACCCGUUUCUCCCGACUUCGUUUGUUCAGUUCUACGGCGAAGUCGGUGAUCUGAGAAGCUCGAGGAAGGUGUUCGACGAAAUGUUAGAUCCUUGUGUUGUUGCUUGUAAUAGUAUGCUUGAUGCUUGCGGAAGAAACGGAGAGAUGGGUUCUGCUUUCGAGCUAUUUAGGAGAAUGCCUGUAGUACCUGAUGUGGUCUCUUGGACUACUGUCAUCAACGGGUUUGGUAAGAACGGUUCACACGCCAAAGCUGUAACGCUUUUUAGGGAGAUGGUAGUGGUGGUAACGCCCAGUGAAGCUACUUUGGUUAGUGUGCUUUCUUCCUGCGCUAAUUUAGAUCGAGGAGGUGUUCAUUUAGGGAAGCAGAUUCAUUCUUAUGUUAUGAGGAGGGAGAUCAUCCUCACUGCUACGCUAGGUACUGCUUUACUCGAUAUGUAUGGUAAAGGCGGUGACUUGGAGACGGCGUUGAUCAUUUUCGAUCAAGUUUAUGAUAAAAAGGUUUGCGCUUGGAACGCGAUGAUCUCAGUUCUUGCCUCCAAUGGUAGACCUGAGAAGGCGUUGGAGAUGUUUGAGAUGAUGAAGGUAAGGAAUGUGGAUCCGAAUGGGAUUACUUUACUUGCAGUGCUCACGGCUUGUGCUAGAUCUAAGCUUGUGGAGUUAGGUGUCAAGCUGUUCAGUUCAAUAUGUGGUGAGUACAAGAUCACUCCAACGUCGGAGCAUUACGGUUGCUUGGUUGAUCUCAUAGGAAGAGCUGGACUUUUGGCUGACGCGGUGAAUUUCGUGAAGAGUUUGCCGUUUGAGGCUGAUGCUUCGGUUCUUGGUGCUCUUUUGGGUGCUUGCAAGAUUCAUGAGGAUGCUGAGUUGGGGAAUAAAGUAGGCAAACAGCUCAUUGGACUGCAGCCGGAGCACUGUGGCCAGUACGUGGCGUUGUCGACGCUGAAGGCUUUGGGUAACAAUUGGGCAGAAGCAGAGGAGAUGAGGAAGGUCAUGAUAGAAGCUGGAAUACGGAAAAUCCCUGCCUAUAGUGUCUUGUCUUAAGCCUGACUAGAGAAGUGAGAAUAGAUUGUUUCAGACACAAGAGUUACUGUGUAAUCUCUGUUGAGGUCAGAACAUGUUCUGUCAGUAAAUGUGAUAUAGUUCGCUUCUGUGUCUUCUGUGAAACUCUCACUUCUCGUAGUUCAUUGUUAUGGUUUGCAAUA